AUGGAAUUUAUGGUCCCAAUGACUCACCAGUAUUCCAUUGGUGUGUUUGCGAUCUACGGUUUCCGUCUUGCCUAUUUUAUGGGGGCCAUCUUCGGUGGUCUUCUCUGGAAAGGGCUAUUUCAACGGAAGAAAUACUACGUGUUUGGCGUUCAGCUUGGUUGUUUGUUGCUGUUUGUCGGAUACAUGUGUAUGUGGGCUUCCUCGGGCAGUCGGGAAAUGAGCUGGUUCAAUUUGUUCUUGUUUAUUUUCGGUCGCUUUCUCGUCGGUUUUGCCAGCUCCUUUUUCUACUGUGUUGCCGCAGUUCAUCUGUUUGAAAACGCACCGGAUGCGUGGCGAGGCACUGUCGGUUGUUUUCCGUGGUUGGCCGUAACUCUGGGGAUCACAACCGUACAAAGUACAAUUUUACAUUCACUGUUCGAAUACGCUCCACAACGUUGGCCGGUGGGUUAUGCGAUUGCAGUCGGAUUGCCCCAACUUGUGGGUGGUAGUGUGGCCUGUUUGCUGUCCAAUCGUGUUCCAUCUGCAAAUCUGUUACAAAUCAGCUCCGCUGUUAUGGCUGGGGCCCAAUUUGUGUUGAGUUGUUUAUUCACGUUUAGAAAGUUUUAUGAAUUAACUCAUUUGUCCCCUCGUUCCAACCCAAUCCGGCCAUACUGUCUCAUUCUCUGCCCGGCACUGGAACAGCAACCACAGCUAAAACCGGUCAGUCCGUACUUGAUCUUUUUCAUCGCGCUAGGCUUGUUUGCUCACGGGCUCGGUUGGGGUCCGAUCCCAUUGCUUCUAGUCAAUCAAAUGUACCCGACUGACAAACGGUGCUGGGCUGUCGGGAUUGCAAUUUCUGUCACCUCGCUGGCUCAAUCAUUCGUGUUCGCGCUGUUCGAUGUGGUGAUCACAGUGAUGGGCAUUUCCGUAUAUUUCUAUGUCGCCUCUGCUGUUUGUCUGUUUGCCACGUUCCAAGUCCAAGCCAAAUAUUCCACCGAUAUGGCGUACUCGUUCAAGGAUUCAUUACCUCGGCCUAGUUUGAAACUGAAGUUGCAUCAGAUAGGCCACCCUUUUCAAGUGGACUCGGAAAGCGGUGCCCGUUUGUUUGGUGGUGGUCGCCUGUUAUUGGGUCCACGACUUAAAACUGUUUAG